AUGAUGAUUGGUCAAUAAUCUUUUGUUUCUUUCUUACGAAUGUGUGAAAAGAGAAAAAGUCUUACUAAUAAACGUAAAACAUCUUGAGUUUGUCCGUGAUCUUGUUGGUUGGUACUCAUUUCUUUCGAUAUUCAGUUCCCCGUGUCGGCGACCUUGAUCUCGUUUAGAAAUCCAGGUGAGAUACUCUAUGAAAAAGAUGCUCCUGCCAAGCAUUGCUGUUGCUUUAUUAUAAAAUAUUGAUUGAAUAUAAUUCUAAACUUUUGUGACAGUCUUCAAUUUUGUGAGAAUAAAAGUGUUAAAGUGUAAAUCAUUAAUAAUUGAAAAUAGUGUUUAAAAAAUAAAAUAAAUCGGACGAACAAAAAAAGUAACAUGUUUGAAAGGACGUAAGUGAGAAAAAAAAAUGUAACAAGGUGAAUGAAAGUGAAUUGGCGAAUUUUCAUCGGUCGUUGGAGGAAAGAAAUGGUUGCGUCCACAUCGUCCUUCUUCAUCCUAUUCAUCCUUAUUGGAUUUGGUUUAACUAAUUGUAGAAAAAACGAUCGUUAUCUCGACAAAUUUGAUUUUCCAAAUAACGAAGAAACUUUGAACGAUGUUAAUCAUCUUGACACCACCAACAGAAAAACGAGAUUCUUCGAUGAACUUGGUUUGAUACCACAAACGUGCAAAUACAAGGGUACCAAAUUUGAAUGUGGAUUGAGUAUAAGUUGCGUUCUGGCAGGUGGUAGACCGGUCGAUUUAUGUUCAGGUGGAUUAAUUUGGAGUUGUUGCGUGGACGACGAUGAUAUUCCAGAAAAAAUCCCUAAACCGAGUGUUGGAUUACUUCAAAAUGCCACAUUUUCGCUAAAUCUGGGUCAUCAACAACCCUACGUAGAAGACAACGUUCAUAUCUAUGGUAACAAUUUGAGACCAAUCAAGCCUACGUACAUGGAAGAUGUUCAUAGACCAAGUUAUUCCUACAUCGUGAAUAAUCCAAGCAAACCAACUUGGCAACAACAACAACAACAACAACAACAACAGCAGCAGCAACAGCAACACGAUCACGAUCGUCCCUCUUACGUGACACGUCCCACAGUUUAUCGACCACCUACAGUUCAAUUUGAUUAUCCUCAGGACGAGUACGAUUCGUCUUAUCCUCAUUCAAACACUGGGAUCCAUGUGCCUGUCGAUGAUGUCUCUAAUUCAUUGGAUUAUUCGCAAUAUCGUGGUUGCGGGGAACUUUACACGAGAAGUAAUAGGAUUGUUGGUGGACAUAGUUCAAGUUUUGGAAGUCAUCCAUGGCAGGCUGCCAUUAUUAAAUCGGGAUUCCUUACAAAGAAAUUAUCCUGCGGUGGUGCCUUGUUGAACAACAGAUGGGUCGUAACUGCAGCACACUGUGUUGCAACGACACCGAACAACAAUUUGAAAGUUCGAUUAGGUGAAUGGGACGUGAGAGACGGUUCGGAACGUUUACUUCAUGAAGAAUUUAACAUUGAAAGGAAGGAAGUUCAUCCUCAAUAUUCACCUACGGAUUUUCGAAACGAUGUUGCUUUGGUGAAAUUAUCAAGAACUGUAAUAUUUAAACAACACAUUGUACCAGUUUGCUUACCAGCUAGAAAUCUCAAGUUAUCAGGUCGGACAGCAACCGUUGCCGGAUGGGGAAGAACCAGACAUGGUCAAAGUUCAGCACCAUCCGUUUUACAGGAAGUCGACGUUGAGGUCAUACCUAACGAAAGAUGUCAAAGGUGGUUCAGAGCAGCUGGUAGACGUGAAACCAUACACGAUGUUUUUCUAUGUGCCGGUUACAAAGAAGGUGGUCGAGAUUCUUGUCAAGGAGAUUCAGGUGGACCAUUGACCAUGUCCGUUGAAGGCAGACACGUGUUGAUUGGUUUAGUGUCAUGGGGUAUUGGUUGUGGCCGCGAACACUUGCCAGGUGUAUAUACUAAUAUUCAAAAAUUCGUGCCUUGGAUAGACAAAGUUAUGAGUUGAAAGAUCUCACAAAG